CAUCUUCAACUUAUUCGUAACAAAAGAGAGAGAAAAGAAAAGGAGAGAAAAAGAAGAACACAAAACAUCCAUACCUUCCAGGUUCUUACUAUUCAUCUCUUACAAUUGUACGAAGUACAUGAUGACGAUAAUAGUAAUAACAACACUAAUGCCUAUCCUCUAAGCUGGGCGGCAAUGAUGCGGCGAAUUCUAAUCAUCGCAGGCGCACCGGAUAAUCAUACGCUUUGUUGGAAAGAGUCAGAUCUAUUAAACCAAUUCUUAGAACCUAUUGCUAAUUUCGCUCAACUCGAUGGCUCAUUAGUCGAUACAGCUACAAAUAUAGCUCCGGGAUCAGUACUCGAUAUUCCACUAUGGAGAUCAAUCCCACUCGAAAGAACUACUUUGCCCACAGGCUUCUCUCAGCUUCACCAAGUAGGAGAUAGCUAUCGUGGAAGUGAAGGCUUUUUUGCUGCUCUUCCAGUCACUUCAAAAUCAGCCUUAGAUUGGACACCAGCCGAUAGGACAAGCCAGGAAAUCAUGAACCACUUCUAUGACCACUCCUUGGAUAUCCACGACAACAUAUCGGCAGACAUAUCCUCAUCUCAGUUGCCGUCUCUGAGCUUCAGCACCGACGAGUCCUCCUUAGCUACUACAGAGGAAAGGAGCAUUCGUGACUCUUUUCAGGGUAAUACUUCUUUUUCAACUGUCCAGAGACCGUCAUCUACCAUUCAUUCAGCCCAUCUAAGCGACCUCGAGGAUGUACCAAGUGCCUCAUAUUUACAAUCCAUCGCCCCACAGACGAUGACGGUGAACCUCGUCGUUGGCAUCAUCUCCAUCGCUGAGCCACGUACCGUAAAAACCAGAUGGGGGUCCACCAAGUCCUUGGUCGAGCUUCUGGUAGGCGAUGAUACCAAAUCUGGGUUUAGUAUCACCUUUUGGUUAUCAUCAGAACACAAUGAGCCAUCUACCAAGACUAUUAGAGAGCUUCGCAGGCAAGACAUUGUGCUUCUCCGAAACGUUGCCUUGAGUGUCUUUAUGAAGAAGGUCCACGGCCAUAGCCUAAGAAAGGGCCUUACUAAAGUUGACCUACUUCAUCGGAGAAAAUUAGACAGGACUGAUCAUGGCGGCCUAUAUAGUCGAAAACAAGUCAUGUCGAAAACCUCGGCCCAGCCCCAGCUGUUAAAAACACGUAAAGUACAGGAAUGGGUCAUGAAUUUCGUUGGCGGCGGUGGUGGUGGCACAGCUCUUGGGAAGAGAAAGCAGAACGGGAAACCAAUAAGGAGUUGGGAUAUGCCACCAGAGGAUACACAGUAACUCCUCAUAUUAAACGGUCGCUUUAGGUUAGUCGCCUUCUUGCUGUAUUCAAAAGUCGAAAUUUUCGAGUCACCGAUUGUCAUAUCUUCGUUCCAAGCCUUAGUCCAGGCUUGGGUUAGUCAGAAGAAUUUCAACCAUGAUCAUAACAUCCACCACUACCUACCUACCUACCUGCCUGCCUAUCCACUUAAGAAAUUCCAAAGUUAUUGUAGUGCGGGCAGGAUUCUCUAGCUGGUGUUACAGGUAUAGAUGGUAGGAUUCUACUAAAAUUCAUUAAGGAUAUUUUCGAUGUCUGCAAAGUUGUCGAGCUUAGGCAUGGACAAUCACAUACCUAGUAUGGUAUUGCAGUCAUCCUCGGCUACCAAGCAAUUGGCAACGCCAAAUAAAAGAAGUGAAAUAUUAAUGAUUAACAUUGUAUCAUGGGUACACAACCAAUUCCACUAAUAUAGCCAACUAAGUAUGUCUGCAACUUCAAUGUAUAUGACUCGACAUUAUCAUUUCAUAAAGAGCAGAGAUUCUUCCCAUACCUUCACGAGACAGCAGGUGGUUGUCGUAGCACCUCCGUGGACGUCAGGUAACGACGUG